AUGGAUACCGAGAAGCGUAUCGGCAGUAAUGAGGAAACCGAGCCUCUUACACGCCGAGAUGCCGAAUCCAGAGAUUCGAUUGAUUCCGCUUCGAUUGCAUCUGCCUCCCUCGUCCUGAUCGACCACGCCAACAAUACUUCUUCACCAUCGAGUCGAGACAUUUUCCAGGAUGGGGGAAAAUACCGUGAUGCUGAGGCUGAUCCAGAAGCGGUUACUCCAGUUUCCGCCGACGGGAUGUCGCCACCGAAAAGAGUCAAACUUUUAUUUUGCUUCGUCGUUGCAAUAUCAUUAGCAGGAUGGCUGGUUGCCUUCUUUAUCUUUGCGGGCAGCCGCAAGGACAAGGGAAGUGAGGUGGUUGCCCAAAAUAGCGGGAACAAUACACCAUCGGAGUUAUCAGGCGGGCAAACCAAAGUAAGCCUGGAAGAUGUGCUUCGUGGCUCCUGGAGGCCGAUUACUCAUGAUAUUUCCUGGCUUCCGGGCUCAAACGGGGAAGAUGGGCUUCUUCUGGAACAAGAUGAAGCGGGAUCUAAAGGUUAUCUACGCGUGGAAGAUAUUAGACAUCGAAGGUCUGCGGAUAAAGGAGAUGAGCAGGUUAUCUUGAUACAAAACCCAACAUUCAGAGUCAACGGGAAGCUUGUUUACCCAAGUAAGGUCUGGCCUAGCCCAGAUCUUAAAACCGUACUUGUUAUGUCUGAUCGACUAAAGAAUUGGCGACACUCGUAUUCUGGAAACUACUGGCUAUUCGAUGUCAAGACGCAAACUGGACGGCCACUCGACCCAGCAUUGCCCCAUGGAAUGAUACAACUGGCGUCCUGGUCACCGAAAUCUGAUGCUGUGGUUUUCACAAGGAAUAACAACCUAUUUAUUCGAAGAUUGUCCUCGGAUAGUACUGAACAAAUUACCACUGAUGGAGGUCCCGAUUUAUUCUACGGUGUCCCGGAUUGGGUAUACGAGGAAGAAGUUUUCUCUGGAAACAGUGCUACAUGGUGGGCAAAGGAUGGCAAAUUCAUUGCAUUCCUCCGAACAAACGAAUCGAGCGUUCCGGAAUACCCCGUCCAAUAUUUUAUCAAUGAGCCAGGGAAACUCGCGCCCCCCGGAGAAGAGCAUUAUCCAAAUGUUCGCAGGAUCAAAUACCCGAAAGCGGGCGCACCAAAUCCUACUGUUAGUAUUCAGUUCUUUGACCUAAAAAAGGGCAGUACUUUCUCGGUCGACGUUAAAGGGGAUCUACCUGAUAACGAUCGUCUCAUCAAUGAGGUUGUUUGGGCAUCCGACGGAAACGUACUAGUCCGAGAAACCAAUCGUGAAAGCGAUCGACUCGUCGUACUGCUGAUCGAUGUAAACAAACAAUCGGGCAGAGUGGUUCGGACCCUAAAUAUCUCGGAUUUGGACGGAGGAUGGAUAGAGCCAUCCCAGACCACCCGCUUCAUACCAGCCGAUCCUGAUAAUGGAAGGCCACAUAAUGGUUAUAUCGAAACCGUGCCGCACAACGGCUUUGACCAUUUAGCCUAUUUCACUCCAUUGGACAACCCUAAUCCGCUCUUUCUUACGUCAGGCAAUUGGGAAGUUGUCGAUGCUCCGUCAGCAGUGGAUUUGAAGCGGGGACUUGUCUAUUUUGUUGCAACAAAAGAGAAUCCAACAGAGCGCCAUGUGUACACUGUGAAACUUGAUGGCUCCGAGUUAAAGCCGAUAGUGGAUACAAAGCUUUCGGCAUAUUACUCUAUCUCGCUCUCCGCAGGCGCAGGAUAUGCAUUGUUAAGAUACGAGGGCCCUGGGAUUCCUUGGCAGAAAGUCAUAAGCACACCGGCAAAUGAAGAAAAAUAUGAAGAAAGCAUUGAGACAAACACAGGCCUUGCAAAUAAAGCCAAAGAAGUAGCGUUACCUUCCCUGCACUACCAAACAGUGUCCGUUGACGGAUAUACUCUUCAAGUGGUAGAGAGAAGGCCUCCUGGCUUUAAUCCAGACAAAAAGUACCCCGUUUUAUUCUUUUUGUAUGGAGGACCAGGGUCGCAGACUGUCAGCAAGAAAUUCAAGAUCGACUUCCAAUCGUAUAUUGCAUCAAACUUGGGAUACAUAGUUGUGACAGUCGACGGAAGAGGCACUGGUUUUAUUGGUCGCAAAGCUCGUUGUAUCGUCCGCGGCCAACUUGGCCACUAUGAAGCCAAAGAUCAGAUAGCAACCGCGAAGGCCUGGGGAACCCGGCCGUACGUAGAUGCUUCCCGAAUGGCGAUAUGGGGCUGGAGUUAUGGCGGCUUUAUGACCUUGAAAACGCUCGAGCAAGACGCUGGUCAAACUUUCCAGUAUGGAAUGGCUGUCGCGCCAGUUACUGACUGGCGGUUCUAUGACUCAAUUUACACUGAACGCUACAUGCAUACACCUCAGAACAACCGUAUGGGGUAUGAUCGUACCGCUAUUUCUAACGUCACUGCGCUUCAGAGUACUGUACGAUUUCUUGUCAUCCAUGGCACAGGGGAUGACAAUGUCCACAUGCAGAACACUCUCACUUUAUUAGACAAGCUUGAUAUUGGCGGUGUCAAAAAUUUUGAUGUUCAUAUUUUCCCAGAUUCUGACCAUGGAAUCUACUUCCACAAUGCAUAUAUGAUGGUGCAUCAGCGCCUCUCUGAUUGGCUCGUAAACGCAUUCAACGGCGAAUGGGCAAAGACCCGCGAUCCCACCCCUGCCAUGUUCCUUGUACGACGCGUGAUGCAAUUUUUCUCCGGGCUUCGCAAUCAUAAUAAUUAUUGA